GUGAGCAAGGCGGCUGGGAGCUGUCCAAGUGGUGCUCUGCACUGCAGAGUCCCGGGGCCCCCUUCGCCUCUUCCUGGGGUUCCCAGUAACUCCGGACAAUGGUGCAGAUUGGAGAGCAGCCGCUUCCCAGCCCGCAUUGGUUUCCCCUCUCGCUGACUUGUGCCCUCAGGCAGUGCCAGCCCCCGGUCUCCCCCCGCAGCGAGACGGCGCCCAUCCCGGUUCCCACCCAGCUGCGCAAUUACCAGCGCAUCGAGCAGAACCUGACCUCUGCCGCCAGCCCCGUCUCAAAUCCUCACGGGUCACCAAGAUCGGCUGUGGUCAGGCGGUCGAAUACCAGCCCCAUGGGCUUCUUGAAGACAGGCUCCUCUUCCCCAGUGCCGGCGGAUGCCAUGCAGGGCGUGGGGCGCAGGCUGUCCACGGGUUCCUCGAGGCCGUACUCUCCCUCACCAUUAGUUGGCACCAUACCGGAGCAACUUGGACACUGCUGCUGUGGACAGCCGCAAGGACACGAAGCCAGGAGCCGGAACUCCUCAG